UAUGUAAACUAAUCGUCAGAAGUGAACCUGUAGCCAUGAGGUCUCUUGUACUAACAGCUUUGUGGUUCGGUUUGGCAGGUAGCCGGAUGUUGUGGGAGAGUCCACACAGUGUGGAUACCGGGGAUGAAAGGAACCACUUCUACGUCAUCAGCCAUGGGACAUUCGGGGAAGACGAUUCGCUGACGCAUGCGCACGACCCAACCGACUCCCACCGUAACGUGAUGAAAGUGAAGUACGCUGACGGCUCAUACUCGGGAACUGACCACAGAGGCGUCCAGUUCUACUCACAGCCACCAGGGGUCAAAGGUCAUUCCGAACUGACGCUCAGCUAUGACGUGUACUUCGCUCAUAAUUUUGAUUGGGUAAGCGGGGGAAAGUUGCCCGGAUUGUGGGGAGGCGUACAGACCUGCUCUGGACAUCGCAGCCCCGAACACUGUUUCUCCACUCGCUUCAUGUGGAGGAGAGGAGGCGAUGGGGAAGUGUACGCUUAUAUUCCCCACGAGCAGUACCCUAGCUACAGCUCGUGGUGUUCCAAUAGCCACAUCAUCUGUAACUCAAACUCCGGACAGUCCAUCGGAAGGGGAGAUUUUGUUUUCCAUCAUGAUAAAUGGCAGAAACUGACACAGUACGUGAAGUUGAACGACGUUGGCAGCCAUAACGGUGUGUUAAAAGUCUGGCUCGACAAAACGCUUGUUUACCACAGUUCAUCCCUGGUGUUCCGCAAACACAGUUCCAUCCAUAUCGACGGAAUGUUUUUCUCGACGUUUUUCGGAGGUGGUGACUCGGACUGGGCGUCGACUGCCGACACGUACACACUGUUCCGGGAUUUCCGGAUAUACGACACUCACAUGGAUCCCGUCGGAAUCACCUUCGGAUAAACUCUAAGAGAGAAAACUGUUUGACUAUGUCACCUGUAGGAUAAUUUCCGAUGAACUGACUUCAAUCCAUCAUGACCUUACUGAAAGAAUGAUUUUAUUUGGAGACAAAAAUCCCAUGCGGACAAUUGUGCUCAAACAAUUAUCGUAGCUACAAAAUGUUUCUGAUUAAAUACCUUAAAAUAUCUAAACGCGCAUGCAUAACACGAUUUAGUUAGUGGAAUGAUUUAUGAUAAUAUUCUAGUUUAAAGCCUAUAGAUGUUAGAUAC